AUGGGUGUCAUUGACCCUCUCACCGACUUCGACUGGGCGAAUACAGAGCCCGACCGGAUCUACAAGUUCAACGACACAUACCAUCUAACCAUGGGGUUAAGGAACACCACAAUCAACACCAUCGUCCACAUGGACCAACAAUACCUUGAACGGAUGGUCGAACGGGAAAGCAUCAUCAACAAAUACCCCGGGGCCUUGGACUGCUUACCCUCCGCUCGUCCCAUGGUCGACGAGCUUUACAGCUACUUAGUGACCGAAUACCUACCGAAAAGAUUCCCCACCAUGUUUCGCUUGUCGCCUUCUACUGAAUCACUGCAAAACCUCGUCAAAGACGAGCACUUACCACUGGACCCGCCGUCCGACGUGCAGAAAACACUUCGUCUCAUGAGUCUCAACGUUGACGAGGACUUCCUCAUGCUCCUCCCGUCCCCGGACGGAGACGGUCACUCCCUGCAGGCUUUUGUGUGGUGCUACCCAGUAGGAUUCGACCCACAAGCCAAAAAGGGUCUAAAACUCCGCGAAGCGCAUGCCCCGGUCCCGUCGUACGGAAAGGUCCUGGAAACCUCAAUGGACCGAUACUUUGCACGUCUUCAACCAGGGAAAGUAGUGGAGCGGGUGAACUGGGCCGUGGCCACCAAUUCCAGUCUCUGCGAGAGGGGCGAGUACCAUCUGUACUCUGACGACCAGGUGUCGACCGCAACGGACAUUGACCUGGAUGACACGUGGGUGAGAUGCGAACUGCAGACGUUGUUCGCGUUGCCAAAGACCGGUGGCAGGAUCUUGAGUGUGCAUCUGUACCUCUACCCAAUCAAGGAGAUCAAGGCUGUCGGUCUGGCCGAGGAAAUGUGCCGUGCCAUCGAUGGCUAUGGUAAGGGCAACGCUGGUGGCUUCAGCCGGUAUAAGCGUGUUCCUGUGUGGGGCGAGACUGUCAAGGCAUUUCUGCGAAGUUGA